AUGCCAGGCAAGACUGCUUCAACGCCUCGUAUCACCAAAUUCACCAACUGCCGCAUCAUCAACGACAACAAGCUCAUCGAGCAGGACCUCUGGAUCGACUCCAUAUCUGGUAAAAUCGUUAAAGACCAGCAAGCAUUCUACGAGCUACACCUCUCCCCCGAUGAAGUCAUCGAUCUUGGAGGCCGCAUCCUUGCACCGGGCUUUAUCGAGGCUCAAUUGAAUGGUGCUCAUGGCUUCGAUUUCUCUGUUCCUCAAGCCUCCAAAGAACAGUAUGACGAGGGUUUGCGCGAAGUUAAUAGGGAGCUGAUCAAGACCGGUGUGACAUCCUAUUUGCCUACCGUCGUUAGUUCGACUGCAGAGGUCUACUGGAAGGUUUUACCAUCUUUGGGUCCAUCUGGAGAUGCCCGUCGCGCAGAGGACGGUGCAGAGUCGUUAGGUGCCCACGUUGAAGGCCCAUUCAUUAACCUCCGACGUAACGGAAUCCAUAAACUGGAAGUCCUUCGUGCUGCCCAGACCCUCAGCGAUGUCAUUGAAUGCUACGGUAAAGAGAAUUUAUCCGAGAGCGUACCAGCCGCGACUCGGAGCCCGAUCAAGAUGAUCACUGCAGCCCCCGAGGUCGGCAACAUGAUGGACAAUAUAUCUUCGCUCGUCUCCCGCGGUAUCGUCUACUCAAUUGGACACUCAGACGCCACUUACGAGCAAGGCCUCGCAGCCGUCGAACGUGGCGCAACCAUGGUUACCCAUCUUUUCAAUGCUAUGCGGCCCUUCUAUCAUCGAAAUCCCGGCAUCUUCGGUCUUCUGGGACAGACUGACCAUCCCCGCCCGUUCUACGGUAUCAUCUCAGACGGAAUCCAUCUCCACCCAACCUCUAUCAAAAUCGCCUACAACGCGCAUCCAGAGGGACUCAUUCUCAUUACGGAUGCCAUGAAACUAUGCGGCCUGCCAGACGGCGUCUAUGACUGGACCAACGGUGAUCGGAUCAUCAAGGAUGGCUCACGAUUGACGCUGGAAGGCUCUGACAAGAUCGCUGGUAGUUCAGCCACCUUGAUCGAAUGUGUUAAUAAUUUCCGUCGAUGGACCAAUGCCUCAACUGUUCAGACCAUAAAUGCCGUUACAGCUACCCCCGCACGCAUGCUAGGCUUGGAGGGCAUCAAGGGUACCCUGCAGAGCGGGGCUGAUGCCGACCUUGUCGUUCUCGGAGAGAAAUUCGAUUCGUUCUCCGGGCAUACCCUGACUGUUGAUCAAGUAUGGAAGUUCGGAGUCAAGGUCUACGAUAGUGAGAAGAGUGAUUAA